UAGAGAUGCAUACGAGGCCUCUCCCGAACGUGAUAUCUGGGCUCUUAGUAGCCUCUAUAUUCGUCACACUGCUGACAUUUAUUUUCUCCUUGGUGAAUUUACGGGUCUACAGCCUGCAGCUAAUGCGAGUCCCUUCAAUCAGUCGCGGUCUUCAGUGUAUCGACCUGCGUCACCAAAUGGGGCAUCCCUCAAACCAAACGACAUCAUCAUCCCCAUACCGGUUCAUGGCUGCCCAUAUACUUCACACUCACCAAGGAGCACCAACCCACCGCACGGAAUAGGACGAUUCCUAUCCUCGAAGGCGCCUUUGGGUACUGUGAAGCAAUUCUUCUCUUCUGUCUAUUCGGUCUAUUCGUUCAUCACAGAAAACUUCAGCUGCGAACAAAAGAGUUCAUUCCGCGGUCCUCCGCUUGCUUUGCAGGCAAUUUCCCUCUAUCUCUUCUUCUCUUUUGUAGUCCCAACACUAUACUUUCCGUUCAUUCUUUUAACUCAGACGCUGCGCGCACCCACAUUCCUUGUAUUUCAAAACCAAACCGACUGGACAUCAAUCAAUCGUAUACCCAAACGAAAUCACCAUCAAAUGAUCCAACUCAACAAAUCUGCUCUACUUGUACUACUACUACCUCUUUGUGCACAUGCUCACGUAGCCCCAUAUAAACAAGGAAAUGUCGAGAGGAGUCUCGAGUCGAGCGCGGAAGCCGCCUUGCAGCGCGUAUGGGAGGGCAUCAAAUGCAUGGGUGAAUGUCGAAAGACAUGGGGAUGGCAAGGAAACCAUUUCGGCGCCGAUCCGUGGGGUGGAGUGCUCAACAUCGGAGACCCUCUGCCUUAUGACCCCUCCCAACCGUCGACUCCGAUCAACAACGACUCGGGAUCACGAAACUCCCAAUCUGCCAGUAGUACAACCUCGUCUACUGAAGGUGGAUUUGGAAUUUUGGACGUGACUACGGCUCCUGUUCGUUCGUCCACUACCCAACUCGCCGCCCCUAGCCUUGUAACUUUACCUCGAGUCACCACCACAUCGUCGGAGCAGCCUUCCCCAACUCCUGAACCCGAACCAGAGACCACGACUA